CACAGAAGAGGCGCCAGGCAGCCAAAGAUAUUCCCAACUGACGUGUUGCAGCGCUCAUUCCUUCGAAGGUUGCCCAGCCUGAGGACUCAGGGCUGAGGACGGCCCAGAAGUGGCCUAAGAAGUUGUCAUUCCGUAGCCACUUGGCUCAAGCGGGUUCGGCUCAAGCCUUUGGGGCUGGCAACAUCCUUCCGAAGGAGUCCGCAGCAAACUAAGGAAGUUAUGAAGCGCGGGCGUGCGGGCAAUGCUGCCAAGCUCAAGAUGUCCGUCGGUUGCCAGGUCGCUACGCUGAUGAAUUGUGCCGACAACAGUGGCGCCAAGAACCUUUACAUCAUGGCGGUGAAGGGCAUCGGCGGUCGCCUAAACAUUCUGCCGAGAGGCGGUCCUGGUGACAUGGUGCUCUGCACGUGCAAGAAGGGGAAGCCCGAGCUGCGCAAGAAGGUGCUGAAGGGAGUGAUCAUCCGCCAGAAGAAGGCGUGGCGCCGCUCGGACGGCGUCUUCAUCUACUUCGAGGACAACGCCGGCGUCAUCGUGAACGACAAGGGCGAGAUGAAGGGCUCGGCCAUCCAGGGCCCCGUCGCGAAGGAGUGCGCCGAGAUCUGGCCGAAGAUCGCAUCGGCCGCCCCGGCCAUCUGCUGAGGGGGGCGCACGGCCAAGGGCGGCGGAGAAGAAGAACGCCAGCCAGAGGAAACCCUGAGAAAAAGCU